AUGUAUCAUAGAUUAACUAGCUGUGGUACUUUAUCGGGAGUCCUGCGGCAGUUUGCCCGAAGUAAUUCCUCGGCAAAAUCUCGAUGGCUGAAUCGACAACAGUCGGACCCGUUUACGAAAGAAGCUAAAGUUCAAGGAUUAAGAUCCCGAGCAGCUUUCAAACUGCAGCAGAUAGAUGACAGGUUUCGUCUAUUCCGAAAAAAUGCUAACCAGAGUGUUUUGGAUUUGGGAUAUGCGCCAGGAGCGUGGUCUCAGGUAGCACUUGAAAGAACAAGUCCCAACGGCGUGAUAUUGGGGGUCGACAUUUUGCCCUGUAAUCCACCUCGUGGUGUAAACUCGAUUCAAGCAAAUAUUCUCUCAAGAAAGACCCACGAACUGAUACGCAUAUUCUUCUCUAAACGGUUCCAACUAUACCAAGAAGACCAAUUGCACAGGGACCAUGGUUACUUUCAGCACAUGCUAGAAGAAGUUAUGUUUCUCUCUAAACAAGAACGAGAAGCCGGAGAAGCUACCCAAGAUGUUGAAAAACACCCAAUUGACGUAGUCAUUAGCGACAUGUAUGAACCCUGGCCCCAGACAACCGGAUUUUGGAACAAUUUUACUAAUUCUGCUUAUUACAGGAUGGCAAACACAUCUGGUGUUGCUAUUAAGGACCACUGCAUGUCAAUGGACUUGUGUGAUGCUGCUUUAAUUGCAGCCAUCGAUUUGCUCAAGCCUGGGGGAUCCUUUUUGUGCAAACUAUAUACAGGCAAAGAAGACAAACUUUUGGAAAAUCGAUUGAAGCGGGUCUUCAAAGAUGUUCAGAGAUUCAAGCCGACGGCUUCGAGAACUGAAUCGAAAGAGCUAUACUUCGUCGGUUUGAGAAAGCGCAAGGAUGUUGAUAAGCUAAAAGUGUUUUUAGGGUAG